AUGGGUGAAGUGCACGGCCUUAUCCGUGAGUUAGCCCCAUUCCUAGCAAGUGCAAGCAACAAGAAGAAGUUCCACCUAUUCAUGCUGGAUCCUGAGGAGGGCAGCCUCCACCGCAUCCUCAUCCAGGACUGGGAUAUUUCUGAUCUCAGCACUCUAACCCCAAGUAGAAGAGACCCACUGGAGGGCGAAAAGGCCGGGGCAGACACUGAGCAGAACUACCUACUGGGAAAGCUCCGGCGGAGAUGUGGCGGGCGGCGGCCCUCCUGGCGGUGGCGGCCCUGGGGGGCCUGGGGGGCCUGGGCGGCCUGGGGGGGCUGGGCGGCCGGGGGGGUCCGGGGGCCCGGGAACGGGGACAAGCCGCCCCGACGAGCCCCGAGAGAUGCCCGCCCUCUGCCAGAGGUGACGCUGAAAGUCCAUGUGAGCGACGGCAGCACACAUCAGCCAAUCCUCGAAGCCUUCGUGGAAAUCUUCACCAAUCAAGUUUCCGUUGCCUCUGGAAGCACGGGAGCAGAUGGCAUCGCUUUCAUUAAGUUUCAGUAUAAAUUGGGCAGCCAGCUGGUCGUCACAGCUUCCAAGCACGCCUAUGUCCCCGGCUCGGCACCGUGGAAACCCACCCGAUUACCCGUUUUUUCUUCUCUAAGUCUCCGUUUGCUUCCGGAACGAUCAGCUACUCUAAUGGUGUAUGAAGACGUGGUCCAGGUACUUGCGGCCUUUCAAGGAACCCGCCCCGAGCCUCACGCCCACUUUCCGAGACGAGCCCUGAAAUUGCCAGAGGACGCUGGCUACGGCAAUCUAACCGCGUUUCUCACAGCAGCCAGCUCCCCCGUGGAAGCCCGAAGCUUUCCUUAUCUACAGGGACUAGAUGGAAAUGGAACAGGAAACAGCACAAGCUAUGACCUGACGCCCGUCACCGCCAUCAGCGUGCAGCUUCUCAACAGCGACGGGGCUCCAGUCGCGGUAGAAGGCCCGAUAUUUGUCACCGUCCCUCUCCCCAUCUACAGCAACCUGAAGCAUAAUGCCUACGUCACAGCCUGGCGCUUCGACCCGAAGCUUGGGACGUGGCUGAAAAGUGGCUUGGGCCUCGUGCAGCAGGAGGGGACCCAGCUGACCUGGACUUACAUCGCCCCUCAGCUGGGUUACUGGGUGGCAGCCAUGUCUCCGGAUGGCCAAGGUCCGGUUGUAACACAGGAUAUUGCCACCUAUCACACGGUGUUUCUUUUGGCCAUUUUAGGAGGGUUGGCUUUCAUCCUUCUGGUUUUGCUGGGGCUCGCUUUGUAUUAUUGCAGGAGGAAAUGCCUAAAGCCCCGUCAGCACCCCAGGAAACCGCAACUCCCGGCCUCGCUGGACGCCGCCAAAAAAGACCAGUCGACUUCCAUGUCCCACGUCAAUCUGUUGUUCUCCCACCGCGAGUCGGAUUUCCCCGGAGCCCUCCCCGCGGCGACGGGCGGGCGCCCCGACCUCUCCGGCCGGGAGGAGCUGAUGGCCGGGGCGGGCCUGGAGACCAUCUCCGCCGGGGGGAACCCGGGGCCCCCGACCCCGAGGCUGAAGCUGUCGUACAGCACCUCCCAGGAGUUUAGCUCCCGAGAAGAGCUCCUCUCCCGCAGGGACGAAGACCGGGGCCGGGCCUCGUUCGAUCACCUGGCGCCGGGCGGGGCCUUCGGGAAGGACUACCACCGAUCCGUGGAGAUCUUCCCCUUGAGGUCCAGGAAGGCGCCGGAGGCGGAAGGCCGCGAGGACGAUUACCGGAAGAGCUACGACGUCCUGGUGCCUCCCGCCCGCCCUCUCCCCGCGGGCGGGCGGCCCCGGACCCCCGCCCGGCCGGGCCCCGGGCCCUCCUCGUCCCCCGAGAAGGAGCAGCCGGCCGAGCGCCGGCCCGCCGAGUGCAUGAUGUCCCGCUCCGUCGACCACCUGGAGAGGCCGGCCGCGGCCUACCCCCGGCCCGGCCAGCUGCUCUGCUGCAACUCCGUGGACCAGGUGAGCGACCGCCUCUUCCGCAGCGUCGUGCCCACCCUGGCCGUCCCGGCCCGCUACCUGCAGCUGCCCGGGGAGCCCCCGUACGGCGGCCAGCCCUGGGAGGAGGAGCCGGGGGAGAUGGAGAGGCUCCAGGCGGAGCUGGCCGGCUCCCACACGCAGCUGUUCCGGCCGCCGCACUUCUCCGCCCAGGCGGUGUCCCAGCAGCAUUUGCAGGAGGCGGGGGCCGGGGACUGGAGCGCGCCCGACGCCCCCGUGGCCGAGUCCCUGUCCAUCCCCGCCGCCCUCAACGACGCGGCCCUGGUCCACGUGGCGGCGGGGGACGGCCCGCUCCUCGUGGAGAAGGCCCUGAUGGAGCUGGGCGGGGGCCGGCCCCUGCCCCACCCGCGGGCCUGGUUCGUCUCCCUGGACGGCCGCUCCAACGCCCACGUCCGCCAUUCCUACAUCGACCUCCAAAGGGCCGGCCGCGGCGGCCGGAACGACGCCAGCCUGGAUUCCGGGGUGGACAUGAACGAACCCCGGGCCGCCCGGAAGGGAAGGGGAGACCCCCCGACGCUGCCGAGCCCGCAGGGCCCCGGGGAGCCCCCGCCCGGGGAGCCGGCCUUCCCCCGGCUGGUGGACUUGGACGGACCGGAGCGGGAGGGCGGCGAGGCCGAGGGCCCGGAGGACGGUGCCCUGCGCUGCUUCCUGGAGGCGGCCGGCCGGAGGGCCGGGGCCCAGUUGCCCAGCCUGCAGGAGGAGGCGGGAAAGCGGGCCGCGGACCGGCCCCCGGAACCUCCGGCCGGCCCCGACCCCGGGCCGACCGCCCGCGAAGGGGACGACGACGACGACGACGACGACCAGGGGGAAGACAAGAAGAGCCCGUGGCAGAGACGGGAGGAACGGCCACUGAUGGCGUUCAACCUGAAGUGAGCGGCGGCCUCUCCGAGGCCUAGGAAAUUGCCAAAUAUCCUUUCGGCGGAAGCCCCCGGCUUCUCCGUGAGAGAAACGGGACGCGGCGGGGAGGCGGGCGGGGGGCCGGCGGACGGGAGGGUUGCCGAUCCUCCCUCGGGAGAGGUGGAUGGGAACGCUCGCCUCCCGUAGCCCGGAUACCGGACUCUUCGUCGCAGGCGUCGAAAAAGGCGCCGAGGAAGGUCGGUUCGAGGACCUCGUCCUUUCCCCUGAACCCUGGUGAUGGUUGAAGUUGGGGAGCGGGGGACUUCGUGGGUGUUUUGUUUUUUCCUCUCUCCAGCCGGUUCGAUCACGCCUAGCCGGGAUCGCCGAGGGUCGGAUCGGCACGCGUCGGCCAGGGGGGUCGGAGGAAGCGUGUUAUGCUCAAAAGGCUACGCGGCGCUGCUUGUUAAGGAAUUUAACGCUUCGGUUAUGCUUUGGGGGCGG